CCUCCCCUUUGGUUGGCAGGUCCCCCCCCCAUGAAGUCUUUUAUUUCCUGGGAACCAGCAAUUAAGAAGAUCAGGGCUUUAGAAGGAAAAGAGAGAGGGAGAGAGAGGGAGAGAGAGAAAGAAAGCUUUAUCACAUGCAUGCUGUCCAACUUGCUGCAUGUCGCAGAGAAAGAUCUCAAGAACUUUUAAAACCAUUUCUGCUGUGAAGAAUUCCAGCUCCUGCUUUGCUCAUGUCCUUUGUGUGUCCCGGAAUUUGUAGUGGGAGAGAAGAAAGACCAGACUUGAAGGUGGAGGAGUAAACAAGGAAAGACCAAGUGAGAGGGUGAUACUGACCACACAGGCAAAACAAAGAACUGUUCUCCCCACCCCUUCGGUCUUUCUUGUCUCCUCUUUCUACCUCCAGAUAUAAGAUCUACCUCACUGCAUCGUGUCUCAGACUGGGGUUUCGCUCGAGAUUCUUCCACUUGAAGGCUAGGAGAAGAGUUACAUAUUUGUUUCUGAGUUCACCCCCAGAAAAGAACUACCAGGGACUGGAGGUCGCUACUGCCAAGAUUGAUAGAAAGGGAAAAUUCAGAUGGAGAAUUCAUCCAAAGAAAACACUCAGCUUUUUUCAAAAAACACAAUCCUGCCCAUUGACAGGUCUUCUUCAAGAUCAGAAUCCUCAGCUUCGAAGGAGAAAGGAACAAUCUGUGGAGGAAUGAAGAUUUUUCUUGCUGCAUUAUCGUUUGUUUACUUUGCGAAAGCUCUGUCGGGAAGUUACCUGAAAAGUACCAUCACCCAAAUAGAAAAAAGAUUUGAUAUCCCUUCGUCCCUGGUUGGCCUGAUAGAUGGCAGCUUUGAAAUUGGGAACCUUUUAAUAAUAAUCCUGGUCAGCUACUUCGGAGCCAAACUUCAUAGGCCAAAGAUCAUCGGAGCCGGUUGCCUGAUCAUGUCAUUCGGAACAUUUUUGAUAGCCAUGCCGCAGUUCUUUAUGGGACACUAUAGGUAUGAGAUAUUUUCUUCCUCCUCCAAUUCAACUGUCAGCAUCUCCCCGUGUCUCCAGGAUCAGAACCAGCUGCCUGUCUCAGUCUUGGAAAGAGCUCAGGCGCAAAUCCAUGCAGGGUGUGAAAAGGAAGCUGGAAUUUCCAUGUGGAUUUACGUUUUGCUGGGAAAUCUGCUACGUGGAAUUGGGGAAACCCCGAUCCAGCCUUUGGGGAUUGCGUACAUUGAUGACCACGCCACAGAAGAGAGCGCAGCCUUUUACAUUGGGUGUGUGCAGACGGUUGCAAUAAUAGGCCCCAUCUUUGGCUUCCUCCUGGGAUCCUUAUGUGCCACACUGUAUGUUGACAUCGGCUUUGUAGACAUGGACAGCAUAAGCAUAACUCACAAGGACUCCCAAUGGGUAGGAGCUUGGUGGCUUGGCUAUUUAAUAGCCGGGGUGGUCAGCAUCCUUGCCGCUAUCCCUUUCUGGUUCUUACCGAAACAUCUUCCAAGACCAGACACCCGAAAGGAUUCCAGCACUUCCUCUGAGCAGUCCAAGUUCAUCAACGAAGAUAACAGAGAACACCGCAUCACCUACCAAGAGCAAGUGAAGUUUCUCGAGAUGGCUAGAGAUUUCCUGCCGUCACUGAAAAGCCUCUUUGGGAAUCCAGUGUAUUUUUUAUACCUCUGCUCCAGCAUCACCCAGUUCAAUUCUCUCAUUGGUAUGGUGACUUACAAAGCAAAAUACAUUGAGCAGCAAUUUGGGCAAUCAUCUUCGAAGACCAAUUUUGUCAUAGGUCUCAUCAAUAUCCCUGCUGUGGCUUUGGGGAUAUUCUCCGGAGGGCUGAUCAUGAAGAAAUUCAGGCUGAACGUUUUGGGGGCGGCCAAGUUGUCCCUGGGAUCCUCUUUCUUUGGCUACCUCCUCCUGCUGCUGCUCUUUGCCAUUGGCUGCAAGAAUGUUGAUGUGGCAGGCCUGACCGUCUCCUACAAAGGGUAUGUUCAACUGGCCUGGGGCUGGGCUGGGGAGUGGCUUUGGUGAAAUGCUGUUCGAAAUGGACUUGCAAG